AAAAAACUAAAACGUAAAGAAGGGUUUCCACCAUUGGGAUUCCGCUUUUCUUUCAAUGUUGCAAAGUAGCCUAAUUAUUCUAUUAAAUAUUUUUAUUAAAAUAGCCAUUAUACGACUGUCUCAUUUCCACAGUGGUGUCACAUGUUUGAUCCUUUCCGAGAAAAGUUGUGCCUUCGUGCUUGUUAUUGUAAUGAUAGCCUCCUUUGACCAAAGUCGCGGUCGUGUCUAGCACAUCAACCACACAUUUCUAAUUGAUAGCUUAGGCCUACACAUGUUAUUUUUUUAUAUAUUUUUUUUACAGCUGUGCCUAGUGAGAAAUGUUAUGAGUAAUAACACGCUUAGAUGUAGCAUGCAUAGACCUACAAAAUGUUUUGAAAACUGCCCCAAUCUCAGUGAAGGUACACGUAGGCCUAUGUAUGCUGUUCAGGUGCACGGGGGAACACCCAGGACCUGUCCGUGGUGCUGAAAUCAGUUUACUAAUCAACUUUGCUGACAGUUUCAAUAACUCAGAAAUACAUGUACAUUAACUAUGUAUCCCUAUGCAUUUUCAAGGCUACAUUUUUAAAUGGCAUUUACCCAGUUGCCUCCUGAGGUGUCUCAGUCAUGCAGGUCUUUAUGAUGAUCUUCUAGAAUGUGGUCACCUGGCUCAAUGUGUUUUCUUUACCUGUUUUUUUUUAUGGCCUGGGGUAGUGACACCAGCCUCCUUGGACUUUUCCUCCUUGUGCCACUUAUUGGUAAUGUUGACCUGAUACUGUAGGUGUACUCUGGAGUGAUAUACCUGUCUUCCUGGACAGCCCAGUCCACCUUUUCCUCUCUUCCAAACAGGAGGGCCCAAACUGCCUUUCUUUCUCUGGCCUGGAUGGGCCCAACCUUGGGUCUGGACUCCUCCUCUCUGGCUGCAAGCUCUCUGGCCUCCACAGGGGGGCGUCAAAGGAACAGAGGUCUGUAGAAGUGGCUACAUUGACCAACCCUCCUGCCAGAUUACCACAAGGUGCCUCUCUCAGUUGUGCCAGUCUGUCUCUGAUGACUCAAUUUUUCUGGACGCAAAUACUCCUUUGAUAAAUUGGAGGACUUUCCCUCGUACUCCCGUCUUCCCCUCACCAACAGCAGAAUCUGUCCCUGUAAUCCCCCUACACCUCCUUCUGCCCCCGUCUGGGAUAGACCGGAGGGUGGCUAUUUGUUGCAACUACUUUCAGCCAGUGAAGCUGCUACUACCUCUGUGUACUGUGGGUUGAGGCCCUGGGAGUCUCCUGAGCUGAUGCCUGAGACCAUCAUCUCCUCAGGAGGGCUGGAUGUGAAGCUGCUUCAGCCUGGCACCGAGCAUCUCCAAGCCUCCUAUAUCCUGAACUUCACUAAGCAGAUAGCUAAUGAAACGUGCUACCAUUGUGUUGGGUGCCAGCUGCUGUGUCCAUGUCUGACUGCCCUUCAGGCUCACCUGAUAUCCAGCUGGGAGCUCCAUAGGGGCUGUAGCAUCAUCUACGAGGCUCUCAGAAUGAAAAAGCCAACCGAAGCACUGGUGCAGAAGCCUUUUACGGCUCCUUGGCCUCCAGUCUGGCUGUCAUACUUUUCCAUGACUUCUCAUGGUUUUUCCAACACUAAGAAAGGGGAUGGAAAAGAGAAGAAAUGUCUUCCUAGGAAAAGAGGGAGAGAAGACCAUAGAUCCACCACUGCUCAGUCUCUGCUUGGACCCACCAAGUUUUGGAGGGGAGAGGAGAGGCAGUCUGGGCCUGCUAGCAAGAGGGGAAGGGAGGAGUUCAGAAGCCCCAGUCCCCAGGCUGGACUCAGCAAGCCUUGGGUUGGAAAGAGUCCCCAGCCUGGGCCUUCCUGGAAGAUAGCCAGGAGCAGCCUGCAGGACCUCUCCACUCUGUCUAAAACCACCAAGAGGCUCAGGGAGGAAGAGGAGACAGACAAGGCUGUGAUUUCUUGAAAGAGGUAUAGGAAGACAAAGUACCUGAUGCCUGAUUGUUAAGAUUUGAAGUUUGGAUUA